AUGACGGAUGCCAACACAACUGCUUUCACCAACCCCUCGACUUUCAUCUUACUGGGAAUUCCUGGUCUGGAGGUGGCCCAUGUCUGGAUCUCCAUCCCCUUCUGCACCAUGUAUGUCAUAGCUAUCUUGGGAAACUUUGCCAUCUUAUUUAUUGUGAAGAGGGAACCUAGUCUCCAUGGACCCAUGUACUAUUUCCUCUGCAUGUUGGCCGUCACUGACCUGGUGCUGUCCACAUCUACCCUGCCCAAAAUUCUGGCAAACUUCUGGUUCAAUUCCAGGGAGAUCGAUUUCAGUGCCUGCCUCACCCAGAUGUACUUCAUUCACUGCUUUUCAGAGAUAGAGUCUGGGAUCUUUGCAGCUAUGGCUUUUGAUCGCUACGUGGCCAUCUGCCACCCCCUGCGACAUUCCACCAUCCUGACAAACUCCCUGGUGCUGAAGAUUGGCCUGGUCAUUCUGUUGCGUGGCAGCAUUCUUACACUGGCUUUUCCCUUGCUGGCAAGGCAGUGGCCAUAUUGCAGAACCAACAUUAUCCCCCACACUCAGUGUGAGAACAUGUAUGUGGUGAGGUUGGCCUGUACCGAUACCCGCAUCAGUAGUUACUACGGCCUUUUUGUGCUAUCCUGUAGGAUUGGUCUGGAUGUGUCUUUUAUCAUCCUGUCCUAUAUCCAGAUCCUCAGGGCCAUUUUCAGCCUCCCCACAAAGGACGCCCGGCUCAAGACUUUUGGGACUUGCGGCUCGCACGUCUGUGUCAUCUUAGCCUUUUACAUCCCAACACUGUUUGCCUCCCUGACAUCUCGUUUUGGCCACAAUUUGCCCAGUUAUUUCCAAGUUUUCAUUGCCAAUGUGUACCUCUUGGUUCCCCCCAUGCUGAAUCCUGUCAUCUACGGGGUGAGGACAAAGCAGAUCCGGAAUAGGCUGCUUCAUCUGUUUACUCAUAAAGGGAGUAAUGUUUUCUCCUCAGGUGUUGGCCCUUAG